CACGGGACGGGGAUGCGACCGGGAGCAGCUUCCACGGCUGGGUUUCGGGCAGGGGAAUAAAGUACACCGGUCCUUUGCUUCAGUUUUCUCGUUUUCAUCCGUAGACAUGGCAGAGAACAGUUGACUCAAAGCGCGUUUCUAGAUGUUCCGGCCACUUUGGGGGUAGAUUAUUUAAUUUCUGAAGAUUGGUGUUGAAUUUAUUGUGCACUAAUGGCUUGCAAAGACGGUAGGGAUUCCUGAGGCUGGACCUGGACAGAAUUGUACCUACCCGUCAAUAUGUCCAGUUGGAGUGUGAUGAUCUCUAUGCACAGGGCUUAUGGAAUAUAGCCUGUUCUGUCACCCACUCCACGCGCUCUCCGUCAGUCCCGUGAAGAAGAAACUCGGGCUCCUCUUCAUCAUGCUGCUCCUCUGGGUCUACAUGCUCUACUCCUGUGUGGGCUACUGUGCCACUAUGCCACCAAGUUUAGUCAUGGACAAUAGUAAAAAUAUUCAAGACAUUGGUUAUCUCGGGAAAACUGAGGCGGAGAGUGGCCGAGCGGACGUCGUGAUGUCCAAGCUGCUCUCCAGACCGCAGAGCUCUUGGACGGACUUGGAAUCAGAUUAUGAUGAACCUACCGUCAGAAGGGCACCCCGAGGCUUCUCUAAAAACGAUGUGGACGCGGACCGAGCUGAGGAGUGGGACGGCGGGCGAGGAGGAGAUCAGAGAGUCUCUGCGCUGUCAAGUUUCUCCAAUGGCUCGGGCAGUCAGAAGCUGCCUCAGGCGAUCAUCAUCGGCGUGAAGAAAGGCGGGACGCGCGCGCUGCUGGAGUUUCUGCGCGUGCAUCCCGAUAUUCGCGCGGUCGGAGCGGAGCCGCACUUUUUCGAUCGUAACUAUGACAACGGACUGGACUGGUACAGGGACCUGAUGCCUAAGACCCUGGAGGGCCAGAUCACCAUGGAGAAAACACCAAGCUACUUUGUGACCCGUGAGGCUCCAGCUCGGAUUUAUGCCAUGUCCCGUGACACCAAGCUGAUCGUGGUGGUCCGGGACCCCGUCACCCGAGCCAUCUCAGAUUACACACAAACAUUGUCCAAGAAGCCUGAUAUCCCCACUUUUGAGAGCCUGACGUUCAAAAACAGGACUACAGGGUUGAUAGACACCUCAUGGAGCGCCAUUCAAAUCGGCAUCUAUGCCAAGCACCUGGACAACUGGCUACAGUUCUUCCCCAUGGGUCAGAUUCUGUUUGUGAGUGGAGAACGAUUGAUCAGUGACCCAGCUGGAGAGCUGGGUCGUGUUCAGGACUUCCUGGGACUUAAGAGGAUCAUCACAGACAAACACUUCUACUUCAACCAGACCAAGGGCUUUCCUUGUCUCAAGAAGGCUGAGGGCAGCAGCAAGCCCCAUUGCCUGGGCAAAACCAAAGGGAGGACCCACCCAAACAUUCACCCUGAGGUAGUGCAGAGACUUAGAGACUUCUACAGACCAUUCAACAUGAAGUUCUACCAGAUGACCGGGCAUAAUUUUGGAUGGGAUUAACUGUGAAUGGAGAACACACACAAAAUAAAUUCUGUGUAUUUGCAAUGGCAAAAAGACAUUGCCAUUGCAUUGAGAUGAUUGCUAUAUAUAUGUAAAAUGUACAGAAAUCUAUUUUAUAAUAAUUUAUUUUUAAUUUCUAAGCAAUUAAUUCACUAAGCUGCCUAACCAAAUUAUGUAUAACAUCUAGCCCAACUCUAGUCUCGCCACCAACAUUUUUGAUUUGCCGUGGUUAUUUCUACACAAGUUGAAUUUAUGGUGCUUCCAAAUUAUUUCAAUUUACAAAGACUGAACUCGAAAAUGUUUGACAAACAAAAAACACAAAAUUUUUUACGGGUAUAGUGCAUUUACAAACCAAUAGCGACAAAAAUUUGCAAUUCAUUUUAUUCUGAAUGUUUAAAGAAAUGUACCUUUAUGACAGAGGGGAAUGGGCUAUAUUUCACUCUGAAAGUUAUACUCUUGACCACAUUUAUUGUUUCAUUACACUCCAUAUUGUCCUACUACGUUCAACUGAUAAGCAAGAGAGCUGAUCCAAAGCCCCCCUUUACUCAAUACAAUGUGGAUCAAUAGCCCUAAUUGCUACUUAUAGUGUCACUAAUGUUUAGAGUCAACCGCUGGCCUUUCACUUGCAGAUUCCUGUAAUGAAUAGGCAAUCCAAUGAUGGUUAAAUCAGAUCUCAGACAACAGGCAGCAUGUCAAUAUUAUGCUAAUCGUGUAACUCAUCUAAAAAAAUCGAUUAGGUUUCUCCAGUCUCAAGGCCCUAUUAGAGGAAGAUCUGGCCAACAAGUCCUGUUACUGCCCUGUCUAAAAGGUUCAAAGGUCAAGUCUCAGUAACAUUCAAUGAAAGGAACUGGAUGGGAUAAAAGCGACACUGUUAAGGCUUAUGCACACUGCCCCAAAAAAACUGUUAUUUGGGCUUUGUUAGGUCAAUGUGUUAACCGUGUUUGUUUGUUGGAUCAGUAUGAAGAUGCUAGUUGUUUCCUAAUCUAAAGAACUGUUCACACAGAAAUCGAUUUUGUGUCCAUAUGCACUUUUUUUCAAUAGUUUUUUCAUGUAAACAAGUGCUGGACAGACAUUUUUGACUGCUGCAUGAAAUCUUGCAGAUUUUUUUAUCGCCUCGUGCAGGAGUGCCACUUUUUUAAGAAGUCAUGUUGUUAAAAUAACAAACUUUUUGAACACCUUUCAAAACUCUUUGUUUUGAGACAAGCAUCUUUUAAAUAGUUGUAAACAUAAGCUAGGUGGAAAUCUUUGACUGCUGCACCAUGUUUAGAUGUUUUUUUUUUUUUUUUUUUUUUAACAUCUCGCACAGGAAUGCCACGUUUAAAAAAAAAAAAAGAAAAAAAAAAAGCCUUGUACACUUGUUCUAUUAGUUGCGCCACAUCUAGCUGUUGUAAUGGGUUCAGGAUGGGCAAGGAGGAGGCAGGAACCGGUUGAACAGUAAAUGUACGGCACGGUCGUGUGUCUCUUUCUCUCUCGAACUGUCAUCUCCGGCUCCCCUUUAUCUCUCUCUGCCACUGAUUACGAGACUCAGUGCCAGCUGUGCACCCUCAUGGCCCGGUCACACUCUCCUUCUCGUCACACUCCUCCCCUGCCCAAUUCAGGUCGGGGCACUCCAUCCCCCAGUGAAUGGCAGCAGCAAGGACUCCACACACACACACAUCCCUCAUCCUUCUCGGGUUUUGGCACCAAUGUAAUGGGUUCAGGAUGGGCAAGGAGGAGGUGGGAACAUGCUGAACAGUAAACUUAACUUUUAAUGUCAUAACUGAUCUUAAAAGAACAUGAAACAAACAUAAAAACACACAGCACGGUCAUGUAUGUCUCUCUCUAGAACUGGCAUCUCCGGCUCCCCUUUAAAUCCCUCUCCCACUGAGGGAUAUUAAUCAGUUAAAUCAGUGCCGGCUGUGCACCCUCACAGCCUGGCCACGCCCUCCUCCUUGUCACAGGUGUGUUCUGUGUGAACGACCCCUAAAUCCUCAAAUCCAACAGCCAACUAUACAUUGUUUGAAAUUUUGGUGUGUGUUGGUAUGUUUUUGGAGCAGUGUGAAUUAGCCUUAAUUGGAGCCAAAUUACACGUGAAGCAGACUUAAAGAUAGCGGGUAGAUCUCACCCGCUACUGUAUUUCUAUAGGAGUAUCAAAAGCUUUACCCUAAUGUGAGUUGGUGCCAAUACUGACUCAUACUAGAAAAUACAGACUGAGGGUGCAGAGUAAUGUUUCCUCUUCAUCCCAUCUAAACACAUUUUGGUUCACAUCUUAGUUCUCCUGUUCUUGCCAAAUUUUAUCAAGCUUACAAACCUGCAUUAAGAUGCUCAUUGUUGUAUUUUUUGGUUUCAUAGACUCUGUGUACUUUUGUUUGACUUUCUACUUGAAUUUUUGAAAUCCAAGGGGGAGAAACAGUCAGUCUCUCUUGAUCUGUGACUGCUGAUAUGGUGGUGGUCUAAAAGGCAAGAUUAAGGCUUUGUGCAGCUCUGGUUAUGGUUCAGUCAAAGUACCUGAUACAAUAUCAGCUCUCAAUAUCUUUGGUUAAGAUUUAAGGGAAAGUUCACCCCAUAAAUGAAAAAUACAGUGUGUCAUCAUUUACAUUACAUACAUUUACAUGUUGUCCCAAACCCACUUUCUUUCUUCCAUGGUACAUAAAAUUAGUUUUUUUUGCUGAAUGUUUUCCAUACAAGUGAAUGUUGAUGGGGAUUAUAUACUGAUUAACAUCUCCUUUUGUGGUCCACGGAAGAAAGACAUACCGUUUUGGAAUCAACCUGAAGUUGAGUUAAAUGAUGACAGACAUUUAGCUUUAACAUUGGGUUGAUAUAAACUGAUCCUGGAUCAAAAUUUGAGGGUAGCAUCACAGGGUGGUCUUAAAGCAGACUAUAGCAGGACCAUUACGAAUGUACUGUUCUGAUACUUCACUUUCUCUCAUCCCUAUUUAAUAUACUGGAAAUGAAAGGCAGAGGGGAAAAGUUUGUCUGUUUGUUUGGUUUUGGAUGGAUGCAAUGAAAAAAGCAAAGCGGUCUGAAUCGGCUCAUUAAUUUUUGUUUUAGAACAUGCUGUGCCUCAAACCCCUGUGCUAUGCUAAGCCAAUUUCCUUUCAUUUGGAGAGGAGAUUGUAAUAUUUAUCAACUGUGAGGACAACAGUCCUUUUAGAGUCUGAAUUAAUUGGGGGGGAAAUUUCCCAGUGCAUUUUUCCUACUUUAUGCAAUUAAUCAUAUAGUCAGAUGUUCUGAGGAGGCAAAAAGAAAAAGAAAAGAAAGAAAUAAUGUGACGUUUCUCCUUCAACUGUUUGUUACUUGCAUUCACAUUGGGUUAGGAUGGCAGUGAAAUAGGGUCUAGCAAAUGUUCAUCAAAUGCAAGCCCAUAGGGCCUCCUGUGAUUUUCUAUGAGUGCAAUUAAACAGAAACAUCAAUUCCAGGAUAACUCAAAGUAGAGCGUUAUUGCUCAGGUAUUUUUUUCGGUAAAAUGUGUAAAGUUCAUCCGUCACUGAUUACAUGUGAACUGCAUAUGGAUUCUGAUCUGUCAAAAUUUGGUCUGAGCAAAGUUUACACUCUUUGCUCAUGUUAAUGCAGUGUGUUCUGAUGCAUCUUUUUAAUGGUUGAGUUUUAUUCAACCUCACAGAGAUAUUCAAAUGUUUGAAAUGUUUGUCUUACUCCGAGUAUAACACGAUAAAUAGAAUAGAAAUUAUCUUUAUGUACAAAUCAUGAAAGACAUGUAAACCAAGUAUUUUGUGGUAUCAACAAGAAUUAAUUUUACACCAUGAAAGAGCAAAAUGGAACAGAUGUUUCUAGAUAAUUAAAUACUGAACAUUCAUACUUUUGCUUCAUAUGAAGAAUAAAA